GUGUACUUACACCCGCAUGAAGGAUGGCUAGAGAUGUAAACCUGAAGACGUGUUGAUAAAAUUGUGUCUUGAUUUCUUGUGUUUCAUGUCACAACCAGGUGGAAUCCGAGAUACAAACUGAACAUGAUCCAAAAAAAUCUGAAGCUGAAUCCAAAUCCGAUCUGAACUUUAGAAUAUCCAAACGGAUCAUGUAGUUAGGUGGUUCAUGCAAAAGGUAUCUAAACACAAAAAUAUUAUUGAAAACCCAUAAAAACCACAAAACUGAAUUGGAACAAAUACCAAAAUCUAAAUUAAUAUCUGAAAUACGUGUUUAUAACUUGAACAAAUCAUUUAAAUACUCAAUUUUAUAUUUAUUUUCCUAUCAUUAGUCAUGUAGUAUCCAAGUUUAUAUCUUGUGGAUUAAAUAUUUGUUUCAAGUAUAAGUCAUAGUGUAAAUACUAAGCUAUGUAAAGUUUUGCAAUAAUUUUGAAAAGCAUGUGUGACAAAAAGAUCAAAAUUUCUGGUUAUUUUUUUCCUAAAAUCACUAAAGAUUACAAAAACAUGUUCUAUCGAUCGCCUUUAGUGUCAUCGUUUAUCUGUGAUCUGGACAAUGUCUUAAAACUCACAUCGCGUGGUUUUUGGAGCUGAAUCGUCACAGACCGUUACGUCUAAAUCUUUUUAUUUGUAAAACUCAUUUCGUCUUUGCAUCAACUUCUAUUAAUAUCACAAAAUAUAUCAAGCAGCUCCACACACAAUUUAGCACUCAUUCAAAGUAGCUUCCUUCUCGGAUCAAAAUCCGAAUUUCUUAACAAACCAGCUUCUCUCAUCUCUCUAUCAAUCUCUGUGAGUUUUGCAGGUAAUACGUCCUCUCUCUCUUUUUCUCUUACAAAUUGUAUCCUCUUUCCAUACUUUUUGGGUUUGAUUAUCGACCGGUUUAGUUUCUUGCGCGCUUGAACAUAGUUUAAGACAAGUGAUGUACUAAUCACUGAUCUUGAAGCAUACGAGAUAAAAUGGAAGAGUUUUUGUUGCAUGGAAGGUUACAUGCUACAAUAUAUGAAGUUGAUUCUCUUCAUGGGAGUGAAGGAGGUAGAUCAGGCUUCUUCGGCAAGAUUCUAGCAAAUGUGGAAGAAACAAUCGGGGUUGGCAAAGGAGAACCUCAGCUAUACGCUACAAUCGAUCUAGAGAAAGCCAGAGUUGGUCGAACAAGAAAAAUAACAAACGAACCAAACAACCCAAAGUGGCAUGAAUCAUUUCAUAUCUAUUGUGGUCACAUGGCUAAACAUGUUAUCUUCACUGUCAAAGACGAUAACCCCAUUGGUGCAACAUUAAUAGGAAGAGCUUACAUUCCUGUUGAAGAUAUUCUCCACGGAGAGGAAGUUGAUAGAUGGGUUGAGAUAUUAGAUACUGAGAAGAAACCCGUUGAAGGAGGUUCAAAGAUCCAUGUGAAGCUUCAGUACUUUGGCGUUGAAAAGGAUAAAAACUGGAACCGCGGUAUCAAAAGUGUUAAGUUUCCUGGAGUUCCAUACACUUUCUUCUCUCAAAGAAGAGGAUGCAAAGUUUCUUUGUAUCAAGAUGCUCAUAUUCCUGGAAACUUUGUCCCUAAAAUCCCUCUUGCUGGAGGGAAAUACUACGAGGCGAAUCGGUGUUGGGAGGAUAUCUUUGAUGCUAUUACUAAUGCUAAGCACUUAAUUUACAUUACUGGUUGGUCUGUUUACGCUGAGAUCUCUCUGGUGAGGGACUCAAGGAGGCCAAAGGAAGGAGGAGAUGUGACUAUUGGUGAGAUACUCAAGAAGAAAGCUAGUGAAGGUGUUAAAGUUAUAUUACUUGUUUGGGACGAUAGAACAUCGGUCGAUUUGCUGAAACAAGAUGGGCUUAUGGCUACUCAUGAUGAAGAAACUGAGAAUUUCUUUCAAGGAACUGAUGUGAACUGUGUUUUGUGUCCUCGUAACCCUGAUGAUGGUGGAAGCAUUGUCCAAAACUUGCAAGUCUCAACUAUGUUCACUCAUCACCAAAAGAUAGUUGUUGUAGACAGUGAAAUGCCAGGAGGAUCAUCAAGAACAAAAUCAAGAAGGAUUGUGAGUUUUAUUGGUGGUCUUGAUCUUUGUGAUGGAAGAUACGACACUCCAUUCCACUCCUUGUUCAGAACACUGGACACGGUGCAUCACGAUGACUUCCAUCAACCAAACUUCCCUGGCGCGGCGAUAACAAAAGGCGGUCCUAGAGAGCCGUGGCAUGACAUUCACUGCCGUCUUGAAGGAGCUAUUGCAUGGGAUGUCUUGUAUAACUUUGAGCAGAGGUGGAAUAGACAAGGCGGUAAAGAUAUUUUGGUUAAGAUAAGAGAUCUUGAUGACAUUAUCAUCCCUCCUUCUCCUGUUCUGUUCUCAGAGGAUCAUGACUCAUGGAACGUUCAGCUAUUUAGAUCAAUAGAUGGUGGAGCAGCUGCUGCGUUUCCUGACUCCCCUGAAGCUGCAGCAGAAGCAGGUCUUGUGAGUGGUAAAGAUAACAUCAUUGAUAGGAGUAUUCAAGAUGCAUACAUUCACGCAAUAAGGCGAGCUAAAGACUUCAUCUAUAUCGAAAACCAGUACUUCCUAGGAAGCUCAUUUGCUUGGAGUGCAGAUGGAAUCAAACCUGAGGAAAUAAAUGCUCUACACUUGAUUCCAAAGGAGUUAUCAUUGAAGAUUGUUAGCAAGAUCAAAGCUGGUGAGAGGUUUAAGGUUUAUGUUGUUGUUCCAAUGUGGCCUGAAGGGAUACCUGAGAGUGGUUCAGUACAAGCUAUACUAGAUUGGCAGAGAAGGACAAUGGAGAUGAUGUACAAAGAUGUGAUCAAAGCACUUAGAGAAAAGGGUCUAGAAGAGGAUCCAAGGGAUUAUUUAACAUUCUUCUGCCUUGGGAACAGAGAGGUGAAGAAAGAUGGAGAGUAUGAGCCUACAGAGAAGCCUGAACCAGACUCAGACUAUAUCCGUGCGCAAGAAGCACGUCGCUUCAUGAUAUAUGUCCACACUAAAAUGAUGAUCGUUGACGAUGAGUACAUUAUUAUUGGAUCCGCAAAUAUCAACCAGAGAUCAAUGGAUGGUGCAAGAGACUCAGAGAUAGCAAUGGGAGGCUAUCAACCAUAUCACCUCUCAGUAAGACAACCAGCUCGUGGUCAAAUCCAUGGUUUCCGCAUGUCGUUAUGGUAUGAACAUUUAGGAAUGCUCGAUGAAACUUUCCUGGAUCCAUCGAGCCAAGAAUGUGUCAAAAAAGUUAACCGUGUUGCCGAUAAGUAUUGGGAUCUUUACUCUAGUGAGUCACUUGAACAUGACCUUCCUGGUCAUCUACUUCGCUACCCCAUCGGUAUUGCUAGUCAAGGAGACAUCACUGAGCUUCCUGGAUGUGAAUGCUUUCCCGACACAAAAGCUCGUAUCCUUGGUACUAAAUCUGAUUACAUGCCUCCCAUUCUUACAACCUAAGCUAUGUGGCAAUGUCUAGAGGUAAUAAAUAACUCUCUCUCUCUCCUCUUUAUUCUGCUGCAAUAGCUUUAGUAAUAUAAAAACAAUUGUCUAGUAAUUAAUAAGCUAUAUUAUCCUUAAUUGGUAUGAUGUCUCACCGCUAUGCGUUACUUCUUUUUUUUCAUUCAGACAUUAAGGUUUUGGAGAGAUUGUUGUCUUUUUGUUACUUAUGUUGAUGUUAAUUACUUAUGAACUUAUCUAUUAUAUUUUCUCUUUAAUUAUUGUUUUACUGAAGUCAGCAUCUAUACAUGUUUAGUGUUUGGUUGAAUAUCAGUUGCUUAUUGAUCAAUAUGGCUCGUUUGAAAAUUAAUAUAUGGCCUCAAUAAUAAGAAUUACCUUCAGAUUUAAGUCUUUCUAUUUAUCAUCUUGAGGCACACCUAAUCUAUAUCUGUUAAAAAUCAUAUCUGAAAUUGAACAUGUACAUUAGCUUUUAAGUGUUCAUAUAUGAGGAUUCACUCCAAAUUAGUUAAUUCAUUUCUACGCUUAUACAAAUCAUGCAUGAUCUUAAUCAGUACCAGUCUAUAAAAGGUGGUCUAAAAUCACUAAUUACAACCGCAUAGCAAACACAUAUAUAUGUUAAAUGGAUUGGGUCAUUUCUGGCAGGAUUUGUACUGUAUGAAUUAGAUUGUAGUUGAUUAAGAAUUUUACCAAAACCUCAAAGAAUCAAAUCCGUUCUUGUCAUAACUAGAUUAGGAGAGUUCACAAUUUUUUUGACCAUACCAGGUGUGAAUAAAAAUGAAGGAAAUAAUUUAGUAAGGUGUGCCGUGUGCGGUUGAUUUUGUUUUGGACAUCAAAGUCAGUCAAGACAUAUGUCAAUCUCUUUCUUUCGUUAGGUCCUCCCAAAACAAACUCUUGUGAUGUCUCUCUUUGAAGUAGUUAAUAUCCUAUAAAUAAGUUGCACAGUACGAUGAUGAUAGAUGCUAAAAUCUUAUAUCUUUUUUUUUUUGUAAACUUAAAAUCUUAUAUCUUGCUAAAUCUGUUUGUUAUGUACGUUAUACGUUACUGUCAAAACUAGAUAAAUAAAACCGGAAAAGAAGAGAAAAAUUAUGUAUUGAUUCAGCACGAUCACAGGACGAUCACACAUAUAUUAGAUAAAUCUAAAUGAGUUCCAACAUCUGGACCACGCAUUGCUGCUUAUAAAUAGUUGAAAGUUAUGUAGAACACGGAAUCAAGUACUAACGAAGAAAGAGAGGUUGCUCUAAGUCGUCUUAUAAUAUCACAAUCAAAAACUUCAAGAAGUUUCGGAAGAAUUAGACUUUGACUAGUCCUCUUUACGAACUUCAUUAAAACAUGUUCGUAGCGUAUUGAUAUUGAAUUCAAAUAGAUCAAUUUCAAACAAAAUAUUAUCUCUAUAAUAUUAUUUGAGAAGUCAGUUUUCUAUGUGUCUGUUUUACGUUAACUCUCACGAUAGUUGAUUACACUGAUACUUUUAAUAAAUUAAUUUAUAUUUAAAAUACUAUUAUUUCUUAUUUUAUUUAAUUUCCUUUUAAAAAAUUCUGAAAAAUACACAUAUAAUAAACAGAAUUUUUUUUAUAGAUUAAAAAAAAAAGAAUUGAAAAACGAAAAAUAUAUGUCUAUAUAAUAUGAUUUCAUAAAAAAGAGAAAGUUUACAAAAAAGUAAUAUUAUAUUUAAAAAAGUAUUUUUAAAUAACACAAUAUAAUUUUGAAGUAAUAAAAUAUUUUCUUUAUAUAUAUUUUUUCUUAUAUGAAAAUUAUAAAGUCAGUUUUCUAUGUGUCGCUUUCACAUUAACUCUCACGAUGGUUUAUUAUACUGAUACCUUUAAUGAAUUAAUUUACAUUUAAAAUACCAUUAUUAUUAUUUUAUUUACUUUCCUUUUAAAAAAUUCCAAAAAAUACACAUAUAAUAAAAAGGAAAUUUUUUAUAGAGUUAAAAAAAGAAUUGAAAAACGAAAAUAUAUGUAUAUAUAAUAUGAUUUCAUAAAAA